AUGUCCCAAGGCUCAAGACUUCAAGGCAAAGUUGCCAUCGUCACCGGAGGUGGCUCCGGAUUUGGCGCCGCAAUUGCCCGUCGCUUCGGCGAAGAAGGCGCCAAAGUAAUCGUCGCCGAUAUCAACACCGAAGGAGGCGAGAAAGUAGCCUCGCUGAACCCCGCAAACCUGAUCUUCCAACGCGUGGACGUGACACAGGCGGAUGACUGGAAGACAGUUGUUGACAUUGCGUUUUCCAAAUUUGGACGAUUGGACAUUUUGGUUAACAAUGCUGGCACUACAUACCGGAACAAGCCCACGAUUGAGGUGACCGAUGACGAAUUCGAGCGUGUGUUCAGUGUCAAUGUGAAGAGUAUUUAUUUGGCUGGAAAGAUCGUUCUUCCUCGUUUUAUCGAACAGGGGUCUGGGGGGUCGAUGAUCAACAUCUCUUCUACGGGUGCGAGUCGGCCGCGGCCGGGGCUGGUGUGGUAUAAUGCAUCCAAGGGAGCAGUCACAAAUGCUACCAAGGGUCUUGCAGCGGAAUAUGGUCCGCACAAUAUUCGUGUGAACUCUGUUGCGCCUUUGCUGUCUGGAACUGGACUCUUUUCUAUGUUUACGGGCAUGGAAGAUACGCCUGAGAAUCGGACGAAGUUCAUUGGUAAUGUGCCCCUAGGACGUCUUACCGAGGCAGAUGAUAUUGCCAAUAUGUGCUUGUAUCUUGCCAGUGAUGAGGGUAGCUUUAUCAAUGGUACGGAGAUGGUUGUUGAUGGUGGAAAGUGCAUUUGA